AUGUCAGAACCGAGAGUCCGCCUGACCCGGCACCAGGGCCAACUGAGCUUCGGCAACGAAAUUCGACAACUACUAUACGCUUACGGCGACACGUCUCCUCACGCCAGCUUCCCGCAGGAGCCCAACGCUGAAACUGUCCGCGUCCUCGACGAAGUUGUAACUGAUUUUAUUAUCGAAACCUGCCAUGAAGCAGCACAGAUUGCCAACUACGCCAACCGGCAGAAAGUCAAAGCUGAUGACUUUCGUUUCAUUCUACGCCGAGAUCCUGUUAAGCUCGGCAGAGUUCAGGAGCUGUUCCGGCUAGAACGUGAGCUUAAAGAAGCGAGAAAGGCUUUCGAUCAAAAUGACGAUCGCUUAGGUGGAGGCUUAAAAGAAGCCUCCAAGGCAGAGCUGGCUGAUCUGGCCGAUGCGGCUGGCGUACAAGAUGAUAGCGUAUCCAAAGAUGGUACCUCAGGACACAGAGGCAAGGGCAAGAAGACAAAGAACUCGGGAAAGCGUUUUUCUACCGACCAGUCCGUCGCUGGCGCUGGUAAAAAGCGGAAAUUGGGCUCCGUCGACGACAAUAUCACAUAA